AUGCUUUACUGCUACCGGUUUCCCACUGUUACCUUCAGCAUGAAGGUCCCUCCUCCUGUUGGAAACCCUGAUGAAGUGGCUUUUAUUGGGAUCACAGUCCUGGAAGCCAACUCAGAGUAUCAGAAAAAACAGAAAGUCCUAAUCAAGCACGCAGACAAGAAGACUUUUAUCCAGACAGACAAACCUGUGUACAAACCUGGACAGAUUGUCAAGUGGCGAAUUGUAACCUUGGAUCAGAACUUUAUUGCCAGCAAUGAAACGAAUCCCAAAGGGAACCGAAUUGCACAGUGGCUGAAUGUUACACCUGUGGGAGGCAUUGUGGAUCUGUCCUUCCCUCUGGCUGCAGAAGCACCGGUUGGAGGAUACACCAUCAAAAUGCCUGACCGCACACAUACCUUCAGGGUAGAGGAGUAUGUGGUGCCCAAGUUCAGUGUCUCCAUCCAGAUGCCCCAGGUGGUCACCAUCUUGGAGGAGAACUUCCGUCUCCAUGUCUGUGGCAUGUACACGUACGGGAAACCAGUCCAAGGUAGUGUGAAGGCUGUGGUGUGCCGUAAAUAUAUCCGCUAUAAUCGGAGGUCUUCCAAAGCCAAGCGCAGUAUUUGUAAGGAUUACACUGGCGAGACAAACGAGGAUGGCUGCUUUGCCGCUGAGGUGGAUAUUAAGAUCUUCCACCAGAAGCGUGGUGACAAUCAUGAUUUCAACCUGGAAGCCGUGGCUUUUCUGAAAGAAAGUGGAACAGGGGUGGAGUUCAACGCCACUGAAAACUGCAAGGUCACUUUUGAUAUCACAACUCUCCAGUUCUGGGGGACAAGCUACUACUAUCAGCAAGGAGCUCCCUACUAUGGAAAUCUGGAACUCAAAAGUGUCAAUGGGACACACCUGAAGAACAAGGAGGUGAUUCUUACAGUGUCCUAUGGUAGCAGGAAGCAGACCAAGACCUACUUCACGGAUGACAAUGGGAUGGCCUCUUUCACCUUAGAGACAUCAGCAUGGGACAAUAGCAGUAAAGUUGUACUACAGGCAAAGACCCAGCCGGAGGACAUAAGCAGUCGAAAUGUGAGGGUGUCUUAUGGUACUGCAUCCCUCACACUGAGGGCCUUCUACUCUUCCAGCCACAGCUCUGUGAGGAUCCAGCCAGUGCAGGCAAUGCUGCCCUGCAGGGACGUGCAGCAGGUCACUGUGCACUAUCGCAUCCUAGCCACAGAGCUGGGGGACAGGGCUGCCAAAGCAGACUUCUACCACCUGGUUUUGGCCAGAGGAUCCCUUGUGCACCAUGGCCAAACAACAGUACUUCUUGAUCCACCAUUAGGUCAGUUUAGUGGGGCUUUCAAUGUCAGUCUGCCCAUUGACCUCAUUUCACCCAUGGCUACCAUCUUUGUUUACACCGCCUUCCCUGAGGGACAAGUGGCAGCCGACACCUUCACUCUGAAAGUCUCCAAGUGCUUCAGGAACCAUGUGUACAAUAUGUUCAGCUAUUCUCAGGAGCACCCCAGCACCCUCACAGACUCUUACAGUGACUACUGUACUAUCCACAAGAGCCCAGGAAUCAUUGGUUCCCCUCAGACCACCCUUCCACCGGGAACAAUGUCACCAUUCAUGUACAACAGAUACACUUAUGCAGUGUCCCAACCAGAUGUUUAUGAACUUCUGAAGAAUUCAGGUCUAACAUUUUUAACCAGCCUUAAAAUCAAGUCUCCAAUUGAGUGCCGCACCCAGACCACUUUCUACUACGACUACAUGUCUUAUGGCGAGCUGGAAGACUUGGACAACUUGGACCCAGAAACAGAUGCUGCUGUUGAACGUGCUGAGUCAGAGCAUGUUGAGCUGGGUAGCGAGGCAGGGCCAGUCAUUAAUAAAGCCAUCAAGCAGUAUUGGCCCAAGUAUCAGUCCCUGAGGGAUGCCACAGAGAGCCAUGGGUUGGGAAUCUCAGAGACCACCAGCCUGCGAAGCUUCAAGCCCUUCUUCGUGGAACCCACUUUGCCCUACUCUGUCUUCCGGGGAGAGUCAUUUCCCCUGAAAGUCAAAGUCUUCAGCUACCUGAAGCAGUGCAUGGUGCUCCAGCUUAGCCUAAUGGACUCCAGGGAUUUUGAAUUUGUGCAUGCAAAUGUCAGGUUCACUAUUUGUCUGUGUCCUGAUUCAGCAAAAACAUUUUUCUGGGAUGUGAAGGCUACAAAAUUAGGGAAGGUGAAUUUCACUGUCACUGCUGAGGUGAUGGAGCAGGAAGGUGUUUGCACUGAGAGUACAGCUGUUGUGCCAGAGUCUGGAGGGAAGGACACAGUGGUUAAACACCUGCUGGUGAAGGCAGAGGGGCUGCUGGAGGAAAAGACCCACACCUCACUCCUGUGCCCUAAAGGAACUUCAGCUUCAGAGACAAUCACUCUCACUAUGCCAGAGAACACGGUCCUUGGAUCGGAGAGAGCCCACAUCUCUUUCUUAGGUGACAUUUUGGGGACAGCACUGAACAACAUAGAUGAGCUCCUCCAGAUGUCCAGUGGCUGUGGUGAGCAGAACAUGGUUCAUUUUGCCCCCAAUGUCUUUAUCACACGAUACCUUGAAGAAACAGGACAACUGACUCCAGAAAUCAAACAGAAGGCAAUUGGCUAUCUGGAAAGCGGAUAUCAGCGGCAACUCCUCUACAAGCACACAGAUGGCUCAUACAGUGCCUUUGGGGAAGGAAGCGAGCCAGGGAACACAUGGCUUACUGCCCUUGUCCUCAAGACCUUCAGCCAAGCCCGGGACUUCAUCCACAUAGAUGAGCAGAAUAUAAAGGAUGCUGCCAGUGCCCUGAUUAAAAGUCAGACUCCAUCUGGCUGCUUCAAGAGUGUGGGGAAGCUCUUCAACAAUGGUCUGAUGGACCCAGUUGUGUGGAAAGCUCUGAAAUGUAUAAAGGACCUGGUCGAUGCUGAUAUUGGCAGUUCCAACCUCUACAGCCUGGCACUAGCUGCAAACGCCUUUGCAGUAGCAGGUGAUAAGGCCCUCAGGCAGAAAAUCCUCAAAAGAUUGGACAAGGCCGCCAUAAUAUCAGAUGAAAUCAGAAAGGCAUCCCAGAUUGUGUCUUGGCUCACCAAGCAGCAAAACCCUUAUGGAGGCUUUGCUUCAACCCAGGACACAGUGGUUGCUCUGGAAGCCCUAGCCCUGUAUGCAACCAAGACCUUCAGCAAGGAUGGCCCUGAUCUUCAGGUUUCUCUCUCCUCUGAGGGUUUCAAUCAAAACAUCCGAGUAGACAACACCAAUCGCCUCCUGCUGCAGACAGUGGAGCUGCCAGCCAUUCCCCGAGAUUAUACUGUGCGUGUGCAGGGCCAUGGGUGCCUCUUCCUGCAGGCCAUUCUGCGGUACCACAUCCCUCCACCGCGGAGCGACAUCACCUUUGCUGUAUCAGUGCAGACAGAGUGCACUGCACCCAACGCCACCCAGUUCCCUGUCACCAUUCAUGCGCGCUACACAGGGAACCGUGUGUCCACCAACAUGGUCCUGAUCCAAGUGGAAUUGCUGUCUGGAUACAGCCCCGUGGCAGGUUCACUGGAAGAGCUAAAGACAAUGCCUUUAGUGAAGAAAGUUGAAAGUGAAGCUGACCGAGUCAUUCUCUACCUGGAGGAAGUGAGUGGAAUUUAG